AUGGCGCGUUCGGAGGUUCAGUCCGCGCACCACGUCGAUAACACGUUGUACCCACUUCAGUCCCUUCCGACCACCGAGACGCAUUUGAACUACUAUUCUCACGGCGUCUUCAUGUAUCCCAGUCACUCAAUCGAGCAGUACGACGUGUUGGUCGCCGUCUCGUCCGACGCCAACCAAAUACAGCAGCCCGCCGAGACGAGGAACUUCGCCAGACUCGCCCAGCCCUCCGCCUUCCCCGCCGCGUUCCAAGAGCGCGCGAGCUCAAUAGAGCUCGAGGGGAGAAUUUGCGCCAUCACCGAAACGCCCCUGUCUCAGCUGAUUCCUAAAUCCAUGCUACAGCUCGACCUCACCGACAUAGGUGCCAACGAACUUACCGCACAGCAUUUUUUUCCCCCUCGCGAAUUUCUGUGCCUCACCAACUCCGGACUCUACGUCUUGACCAAAAUGCGACCCGUCGACACGCUCUGCGACUGGCUCCUCGCCGCCAGGGGCGCCGACACCCCGGAACUUCGCCAGUUUUUCUCCCUUUACGGCCCCGACCAGGCCUGCGCCAUGUGCCUGGUCUUGGCCUGCUCUUACUACGCGAGCCCCAAGCACGCCUCGGACGCGGCGCAAGACGGCGGCGCGGGCGCGACCGCCCAGGGCGAGCAGCGCCAGCUCAACCCAUCUCUACUGAUGUCUCGCAGGUCCGCCUUCUCCAGCGACGUCUCUCUAGCGUAUCAAGUGCGCAGAGACGCUCAGCUGACGUCCUACGCGACGAUGUGCUUCUUCGGAUACGGCGGGCGUCCGACGACCAGACAAGACUCGGACUUGAACGUAUUUCCGUCCUCCCCCGGCGUCCCAGUAGACCACGGACGCUACCACCUCUACGGCGGCGCCGUGCCAGCUAACUACGGCGGCGCGUCCGGUCUGUCCGGCCUCGUGUGCUUUUCCGCCUCUCACGACGGAUUCGCCCUGUACUUUUCGCGGAUCCUGCAGCCAAUUUGGCACGCAAACCUGUUUCACGCCUCCGAAGACGGCAUCAAGUGCCAGCUGCAGGGCGAACCCAUCGCGCAAAUCCGAGCCAUGCUCUAUCGCCUCAAGCAAUUUCUCCAAGCAAACCCCCAGUUCGCCAAACUGCGGUCCGACUGCGCCGCCCCCCGGUCCCGCGAGGACUCCCCUCGCACUCCCGGCCAGCGCUUCUCCCAGAAGUCAAACCUCGCCUCCACCCCGCUCUACGCUCGCUCCCCCACCUCCAAUCGCGACCCCCACCCCGUUCACUACCACGCCAGCGACGGAACCCCCGAAGAAGAGCCCGAACAGCUGGAGAGACUCUCUCUGUCCAACCUCCACCACCUGUUGCUGCGCUCCAUCGAGGCGCUGGAAUUCCUGGACCUGAUCGCGGACACGGACAUCCUCCGCAUGAACCUGUCCAUGACGACCAAGACUCGCAUCCUUUCCAUCAAAUUCCGAGACUUCGUCAUCUCGACCGACAGCGACAUCCUGCGCGAGCUGACCAACUGUCUAAACAUGGACUACUCCUCCCAAUUCCAGGACCCAACCGUCAUGGACAAACUCACCACCCUGCUGCGCGAACGCUGUCCCUCCUACUUCAGCAACGUGGAUCGCAUCCGCCUGCAAGCGUGCGACCUCCUCUGCCGCACCAAGUCCCCCACCAUCACCAUCGAGGAGCGGCAGGCCCUCCUUCGCCAGUCCCUGCAGCAGUUCAAGCAAAUCGCCAAAGAACUCCGGCCAAUUUUGAAGCAAAUCUGUCGCGAGUACCAGCUCCUCCGAGACUACGGCUGCGUAAUAGACCUCGCCCUCACCUGCGCUCAGCAACUCGACCCAAACCAAAACGGCCUCACCUGGUUCAAACGAACCAAAAAAACCGCCGAAACCGAGCAAAGCGCCUACGAAGAACGAAUGAACUGCUACACCAUCAUAACCGAACUCCUCGAUGAACUCCAUUCGGACGCCUCUCCACAACCCACCUCCAAAACGGAAGAACCGCUCACCGAACAACCCCUAUACCCCCCCCAGGAAUCGACCCCUGUCACUUCUUCUCCCUUCGGCAACUCAAAACACAAAACCUCAACUCUCUUCGCCCCUCAACCCAAAUUCCCCCCCCCCAACCCCGCCUCGCCCCCCUCUCCCGCCCAACACCGCGCCUCCACCCCCCCUCCCACCGACCCCGACUCCGUCGCGUCCCCCGAGUCCGACUCUCAUCGAGUCCUCGUACACACUUUGCGACUCUGCACACAAAGCAACGACGAACUUUGGCACUACGUACUCUACCAAUGGUACAUCGACCGCAACCUUGCCACCGACCUCAUCCGCCUCUCCACGCCCUACCUGGAAGACUACCUCCAACACAUCUGCCAGCCCGCCUCCAUCCGCCUCCACCUGCUCUGGCAAUACUUCCUGCGCAACGACAAGCUCUUGAAGGCAGCCGUGAUCCUCAUGCAGCUCGCCGACCAGCAGGACGACAACCAGACUCUAAGCAACCGCCUCGAACACCUGACUCAGGCUCAGUUCCUCAUCAUGGCCCACCCCGAAGCGGAUCACCGCCUAGCCGAGGAAAUCCAAGAAAAGGUCGAAGUCGCCCGCAUCCAAUUCAAAGUCUACAACGAACUCCAAAUCCUCAGCGACACCAACCUCCGCGACCAAGUACGCGCCCAGCUCGACGAACGGCUCUACAACCUCUCCGACCUAUUCAACAAAUUCGUCAACAAGUUCGGACUCUUCGAAUCCGCGCUCUCCAUCCUACACGACAGCGGCUACCAAGACGACCGACUCGUUAAACGCAUUUGGAACAACAUCAUCCAAGAAGAAAUUUCCAAGUCCGCCCAACUUGACUACUCUCUCGCCUCCCUAAGCGCUAAACUCCACUCCCUCAUCCAGCUCUACUAUCCCAGCCAAUACGUCUUCCCUAUGGACCACAUCGUCGGCAUCCUGGAACAACACUCCUUCGAAGUAAUCCGUACUCACUCCUCAGACUUCUAUCCAAACUGGAUCCUAGACACGUUUCUCCGCAGCGGCGUCCCAUUCAUCGUCAUGUUCAGACUCUACUACGAAUUCUACGAGUCCCGCUCCUCCUACUGGCAAGGUCCCCACCAACAACUGCACCUCCUCCGCAUCCUCUACCACCUGCUCUUCACCUGGAAGGAAUCCUUCGGCGCCCCCUCCGCCCUUCACGACUCAACCCUCUCCCUGCAAUCCGAAUACAGGCUGCUCCACUCGAAAUACGUCAACUCGGCCAUCGGGAAGUUCUUGGUCACCCUCGAUUCCAUCUCCAAACUCUCAGACCCAGAUUCCGCCUCGAUAACGUCGGCUGCUAACGAAGUCGCUGAGCUGUUCAAAGAACUCAAGCAAAAAAUAAACUGA